GGCUGGGAUGGGCUUGGAUGCGCUCUGUGUCUGCCUCAUCUCCGGGCUUUAAAUAUUCAUGCUUUUGAUUUUCUCUUAGUGGGCAGUGGCACAGGGGCUGGAGUGAGCUGUGGGGCGGAGGGUGGCCGUGCUGAAACGAGCAGGGCAGAGGGAGCUGGAGCUGGUCCUGGAUGAAGACAAUGGGUUUUGUUGCUGGCCCGGUGUUGAAGUGGCGAGGGGCUUGAGGACCUCCAGGCUGGGGCCAGAGCACUCUGAGCUCCCCUCCCUGUGCCAGCGGCUCCCCAGGGUGUCGCUGCGGCCCCGUUUCCUCCCUGCUGUAGCGCGUUGCUCUCAGUCUGAACGGAUCUGCACGUCCUUGCUGCCGCCGAUCACGACUGAUCGGCCGUGCCUGCACGGUGCUGGGCAGCCCCUGGACCUGCUGCCCGGCGUCCCAGGCCCAGCUCUCCCUGCCAGCCAUGUGGGGCUGGUGUGGACCUAGCGCAGAGUUCAGCCGAGGCUUCUGCUUGGGGGCAGCUUCCCGGCGGCUGCAGGCACUCGGACUCUCCGUGGGGCCCCUGUGAGGCCCAGCUGGCUGCAUCCACCCUACUGCCACUCGGGACAGGGCGGCUGUGGCCCUUCUCACCUGCCUCCAGCAUGGAUCUCCUGCAAAAGAGCAAAUACAGCCACCUGCGGAACGAGUCUGUCUCCUCUCCGGAGGAGGCCAUGGCAGGCCUGGGAGUCCUGCCCUCCCCAGUGGAGUCCCUUGCAAGCAUGCAGUCUCUGCCUGGUUCCCUGUCCUCCUCCCUCAGCCACGCUGCACCUCUCGGGGAGCUCUCACCCGAGUUGGAGGAGAGCCCUACCACCCUCUGCUCCUUCUUCCCCAAAAUGGCCAACCUGAAGCUCUCCAAUCCCGCCAACUUGCUCAGCUUGCGGGGCUCUGCAGCCAGCAGCAGCCCAGGGGAGCCUGGUCCCCCUGGGAUGCCAGCACUAGUGCCAGGGGGUGGUGCCAGCCCCGGCUCAGUGAGACCUGUCACUGUCUGUUCCCAGGAUAUGAACAAGCUGAGCUGUGGGAAGAAGACGCGGGUGGAAGGCGGCCAGCUGGGGGGUGAUGAGUGGACCCGCCACGGCAGCUUUGUCAAUAAGCCCACCCGUGGCUGGCUGCACCCGGAUGACAAGGUCAUGGGCUCUGGGGUCUCCUACCACGUCCGGUACAUGGGCUGUGUGGAAGUGCUCCAGUCCAUGAGGGCUCUGGAUUUCAACACCAGGACACAGGUGACCAGGGAGGCCAUUGGGCUGGUAUGUGAAGCUGUGCCUGGUGCCAAGGGAGCCGUGAGGAGAAGAAAGCCCUGCAGCCGCUCCCUGAACUCCAUCCUGGGCAAGAGCAACCUGAAGUUUGCAGGCAUGCCCAUCACCCUGACCAUCUCCACCAGCAGCCUCAACCUCAUGGCCUCAGACUGCAAGCAGAUCAUUGCCAACCACCACAUGCAGUCUAUUUCCUUUGCAUCGGGGGGAGACCCGGACACAGCUGAAUAUGUUGCCUACGUUGCCAAAGACCCCGUCAAUCAGAGAGCCUGCCACAUCCUGGAGUGUCCUGAAGGCUUGGCACAGGAUGUGAUCAGCACCAUCGGGCAGGCCUUCGAGCUGCGCUUCAAGCAGUACCUGAAGAACCCUCCAAAGCUGGUGACCCCCCACGACAGGAUGGCAGGGUUUGAUGGCUCUGCCUGGGAUGAAGAAGAGGAGGAACCAGCCCCGGAUCACCAGUACUACAACGACUUCCCCGGCAAGGAACCUCCCAUUGGGGGGGUCGUGGACAUGCGGCUGCAGGAUGGGGCUGCUCAGACCCCAAAUCACUUGGGUGCCACACUGCCUGUUGGCCAGUCAUCCGGUGGGGAGUAUGACCCCCAGAAGCAGCAUGCUCCUGCCCAAGCAGGGAGAGAGAAGUACCCAGCUCCAGCAGGCACGUCUGGCCGCACAGACCUCUUUGAUGACCCGUCCUACGUCAACGUGCAGAACAUAGACAAGACACGCCAAGCUUCAGCCUCUGGCACCCCCGCCACAGCCAACGGCAGCACUCAGAGGGACCUCUUCGACAUGAAGCCCUUUGAAGAUGCCCUGCGUGUGCCCCCCUCUGUGCCUGUGGCGCUGCCCCCCGCCCAGGUGGUGGCCUCCAUGGAGGAGCAGCUGAGACGGGAGCCCUGGUACCAUGGGAAAAUGAGCCGCAAGGAGGCUGAGAAGCUGCUGAAGGUGAACGGAGACUUCCUGGUGCGGGAGAGCACCACCACCCCGGGCCAGUACGUGCUGACUGGCUUGCAGGGUGGGCAGCCCAAGCAUCUGCUGCUCGUCGAUCCCGAGGGAGUGGUGCGGACAAAAGAUCAUCGCUUUGAGAGCGUCAGCCACCUCAUCAGCUACCACAUGGACAAUCACCUGCCCAUCAUCUCGGCCGGCAGUGAGAUGUGCCUGCAGCAGCCAGUGGAGAGGAGACUGUGAGCGCCCGGGGACCCCAGUGCACGGCACCCCCAGUGCGCAGCCCUCUGGCCGUGUUCGUGCCCCAGGGAGCCCUCAGACUCUUCCAGGUGCUCCACCCAGGACUGAGCAUGGACUUGGCUGAGGACAGGGCCUCUCUCCUUUCACCACACGGAGCUGGUGGCCAUGGGGGCUCAGGCUGUGAGUGCCUGCAGGGUAGAGAACGGUUCUUGUAAAGCCCAUGCCUCUCCAGCUCCAGCCUUUGCAGAGCAGCUCAGCUCCUACCAAAACCCAGCCCUGCUGUUGUGCCACAGCCAUUCUUGUGCUCACCAGCACGGGCUCAGGACUGGCAGGCUGAGCCCCCCGAGCCAGAGGCAGCCUGUCCUUAUCUCUGGCCCCUGGGCCAAGGAGGGGGCCCAUGGGGGGCUCCGCUCCCCCAAGCACGAGGCCCUCGACUGUACCGGAUCACUUUACGUGUUAACUCUGUGCCUUGACCCCGCAGGUCCCACACUCUUAUGCAAGGGCAGGGGCUGGUUACAGAGCCUCCCCCGUGCUCCCAGCACCCUGUACCCCCUCCGUGACAUGCUUGUGCUCCAGGACGCGUGCCACCACGUCCCCUUCCUCCCUGCCCGUCCCGGCUGGGCAAGGGCAACUCUGGCAGCCCCGGGGGUUUGGCGGGAGGACCCCCUGCAUGCACAGUGUAACUCCCCCAAGCCAAAGCGCAGCCCCGCCCCUCGCAGCCCCAGGCCCCUGCCCCGCUAUACCAAAGGAACUGGCGGUUGUAUUAAAGUUGGUAUUUCUCUA